CUAUAUCCUAGACAGGCUUCAGCUUCUUGCAGCUCCUGGUGCUUGCCACACUGCAGAAGGAAACAUUGCAGCUGUAGAGUGCUUCCAGGGUUCCUGGCUCUUGGAGAUUUGGGCUUUUGAGCAGAUUUCUGAGUGAAGAUGAAUUUAGCAGAGAUUUGUGAUAAUGCCAAAAAAGGAAGAGAAUAUGCACUCCUUGGGAAUUAUGACUCUUCUAUGGUGUAUUACCAGGGUGUCAUCCAGCAAAUCCAGAGACAUUGCCAGUCGAUCAGAGAUCCAGCAAUUAAGGGCAAAUGGCAACAGGUCCGACAAGAAUUAGUUGAAGAAUAUGAACAAGUUAAGAGCAUUGUCAACACUUUAGAGAGUUUUAAAAUGGACAGACCUCCAGAUAUCUCUGUAUCCUGUCAAGAUGAGCCUUUCAGAGAUCCAGCUGUUUGGCCUCCUCCUGUUCCAGCUGAACACAGGGCUCCACCUCAGAUAAAACGUCCCAACCGAGAUGGCAAAUCUUUGAAGAAAGACUCCCCAGGGCUGCAGCCGCGCGGGCCCGUGGGCAGAGCACACCUGGUGUCCAAGGGGGAGAAAUCUUCCGGCAGCCGCGAAAGGGAAUCCAGAGCCAGGGCAAGGGAUGACAAGGGAAAGAAAAUGCCCCAGGAAUUUGGUGAUGGGGAUAUUCCAAAAUUUGAUGGAGCCGGAUAUGACAAAGACCUGAUCGAAGCUCUUGAAAGAGACAUUGUGUCAAGGAAUCCAAGCAUUCAUUGGGAUGACAUAGCAGAUUUGGAAGAAGCCAAGAAAUUAUUAAGAGAAGCUGUUGUUCUUCCAAUGUGGAUGCCUGAUUUUUUCAAAGGGAUCAGAAGACCUUGGAAGGGUGUGCUGAUGGUUGGUCCUCCUGGCACUGGCAAAACAAUGCUAGCAAAAGCUGUUGCUACAGAGUGUGGGACAACAUUCUUCAACGUGUCCUCCUCUACACUGACAUCUAAGUACAGAGGCGAGUCUGAGAAGCUGGUCCGCCUCUUGUUUGAAAUGGCACGGUUUUAUGCGCCAACAACGAUCUUCAUUGACGAAAUAGAUUCCAUCUGCAGCCGCAGAGGCACGUCUGACGAGCACGAGGCCAGUCGCAGAGUCAAGUCAGAGCUGCUUGUGCAAAUGGAUGGGGUAGGUGGUGCUCUGGAAAACGAUGACCCUUCCAAGAUGGUUAUGGUAUUAUCUGCUACAAAUUUUCCCUGGGACAUUGACGAAGCUCUCCGACGAAGACUGGAGAAGAGGAUUUAUAUACCUUUGCCCACAGCAAAGGGCAGAGCAGAACUACUGAAGAUUAAUCUUCGGGAAGUAGAACUAGAUCCUGAUAUCAGCCUUGAAGAAAUUGCAGAGAAGAUUGAAGGCUAUUCUGGUGCUGACAUCACUAAUGUUUGCAGGGAUGCAUCUUUAAUGGCAAUGAGAAGACGUAUUAAUGGCUUAACUCCAGAAGAGAUUCGUGCACUUUCUAAAGAAGAGCUUCAGAUGCCGGUUACCAAGGGGGACUUUGAGCUGGCUCUGAAGAAAAUCUCCAAAUCUGUUUCUGCCGCAGACCUGGAGAAGUAUGAAAAAUGGAUGGCGGAGUUUGGAUCUGCUUAAUCUCAGUGACAGCUUUCCUUUGCUGGAGUUUUAUGGUUUCUGUUGUUCUCACUUUCAAAAUAAGUUAGAAAUCUUUUUAAAGGUUUAAUAAAAGGUCUGCCUCUGCCCUCAUCCCACCCCUUUCUGCUGACAGGAUCUUUUAAGCUGUUUGCCUUUAAAGGGAAUGAGCACAAUAAUGAGCUGAUAUUGUAAAAGAUAUUUUAUCUCUGAAGUAGAAAAAUAAGACGAACAGGAAGGGAAAAAUCAUACUUCUGAGGGUAGUCUUUUUAAUUUUCAAAUGAAGAGCAGUGUUACUAAACUUCCUCCUAGUCAU